AUGUCCAAACAACCUACAAUCACUGGAUUUUUUAAAAAGUCAGCUGAAGUUUUAGUUGCAGAAAACGAGAAAGUACCAGAACAAGCAGAACCCCAACCGGAAAAUGCAGGUGAACAUAGCGAACGUGUUGAAACCAACGAAAUUGACGAAGCUGCAGGUCCAUCGACAGCGGCUGAUGUGAUUGACAAGCCAACAAUCUGGACGGAUAAAAUGUGGCACAAAAAACAACAACUCUACCCAUGGUUACAGUGUAAGAAUGGAAAACUUGGGUGCAGUUUCUGUAUUUCCGCAAAAGAUCUUGGUCCGCACAGAACACAAGGCCGUUACCUGAGUACAGAAUGGCAAGCAACAAGCGUGACAUAUUACGGGAAUUCGCAAGAAGCUAGGUUAACUUCACUCCGUAAAAAAAUUUACAAACAUUUAAACAGCGAUGCACAUAAACGAGCAGAAGAGAUGGUGAAUCAGCAGAAGAAGAACAUCAUGCCUGCGCAUAUAGACGUCAUGAAUACUGAAUGGUUAGAUACAACAAAAAGAGUUUUUCGCACGAGCUAUUAUAUAGCAAAGAAUGAUCGACCGUUAAACGAUAUCGAAGGGUUAGUUGACUUGCAAAUUCAUAAUGGGCUCGAUAUGGGGACUGGGCUGCAUUCACGAUCUUCUGCAACUGCUAUAAUUGACCAUAUUGCAUAUGAGAUGCGUUCCACGAUUUGGAAGACCAUCAAAGAAAACAAAGGGAAAGUGUCUAUUCUGAUCGACGAGUCUACUACUGUGUCUGGUAUUUCAACACUGAUAAUUUACUUAAAAGCUCAACUCGAAAGGUCAGGAGAAGCACAAUUCUUGUUUCUGGACUUGGUGGAGUUGACAAAUGGUCAAAGUGCAAAAGAGGUUCAUACAGCACUACUUGCUUGUUUAAAACGGCAUGGGUUUGACAUGGAUUACUUGCAAGAACAUUUUGUUGCAUUUACAACAGACGGAGCUAGUGUCUUGACUGGAAAGAAGUCGGGAGUCAUGGAGCUACUUAUGAAUGAUUUUCCAAAUCUCAUCACCUGGCACUGUUUGAAUCAUCGCCUAGAACUUGCGGUUGACGAUGCGAUUUCAGAAUUGACGGGAAUAAACCAUUUUAAGAUUUUUGUUGAAAGACUGUAUUCAAUUUACAGCCAAUCGCCCAAAAAUGUGCGCGAACUACGAGAAGUUGCUAAAAGUCUAGAUGUCCAGCUUCUAAAGAUCGGUAAGGUACUGAGUACGAGAUGGGUUGCGAGUAGUCACAGGACGGUUUUGGCAGUUUGGAACAACUACGAAGCACUCUGCAAACACUUCAAAGACAAAGCAGCUGAAAAAGGUAAGAAUUCAACAAUGUACGAGGGGUUAAACAAGCGAAUCCAGUCGGAGGAAUUCUUGUUGGACUUGGCACUCAUGUGUGAUGUUCUUUUUGAGCUUUCUGAGCUCUCCGAGGCCAUGCAACACCGUUCAAUGAACAUUGUCAAAGCCGACAGAUGUAUCAAGCGGUCCAUGAGAAGCAUCGAAACAUUGAAGCGCAAGACUGGAACAAAGUUGAUGAUAGCUAAGGAUGCGGUCAAGGAAGGAAAAUUUGGCACUGUACCGCUAGUUUCAAAUCGUAGACAUGUCAAUAUUGAUGCUAAUGCACUAAUAGACAAAUUGCUAGAUGCAAUGAAAGAUCGUCUCUUUGCCACAUGUGCCUCUGGAACUGUUCGCGAAAGUGCUGCCUAUCAAAAGCUUCUUGAUCAGAUUUGCUUUCUCUACCCGACUUAUUGGCCACAGGAUCUUGAUCUAAAUUAUGGUGAGGAAGAGGUACGAUCAUUGUGCGAUCGGUUUUCCCUUUCAAGAAGUUCAACAGUGCCUGCAUUCCAAGACUAUGUUGAUAGUCAAGGGAGACGAGUACCUGACGAUCUCCAGUCUCUAUUGAGAUGUUGCUCCUGUAUCCCGGUCUCAUCGGCAGAAUGCGAACGUGGGUUUAGUCAAAUGAACUUGGUUUGUACGUCAGUAAGAAAUCGCCUACUUGUUGAACGAAUAUCGAAUUUAAUGUUUAUUAAACUUGUUGGUCCUCCGAUUAAUGCUUGGAAUCCAGAAAAAUAUACUAAGUCCUGGCUGCGAAAACAUCAUUCGGCCAGUGAUGAAAGAGUAAGAAAGCGAAAGUUUGAGGAAGAUGCUGAAAGUCAGCAGGAGCAGACAGCCGCAAAACAACGACUUUGGCAAUUACUUUAG